CCCAAAAUCGCGGCACUCGGGGCGCACGUGCACCAUUCUGUGUCUGGCAGCGAUAGGGUGUGGGUUGCGCUUGAAGAGACCUCCGUGGCUGAAAACUGGUUGAAGACCGGACGGUAUGCAACCCUGAUCUACACAGAGGACACACCCUUGUCACCCACGCAACCAUGCUUAUUCUACCGAGGCUCACUGUCCUUCUUGCCUUCCUGGGCGCCCUUUUUGGGCAAUCGGCCGCCAGGUUCGGCGACGCCAUCGAGGAUAAGGUGUCUGAUAGCCGGUUCCGGAACAUGGGGCAGGCCUACAUCUCACAAUUCGAAAUAGUCGACAGUACGACGAAAUUUCAAGUCGUCUUAGAGGACACCUUGAACGAGCCCGAGUACUGGGUGGUUGAUUUUCAGCAGUACGGCGCUGAAGGUCUCACGGCUGUCGAUACCCAAACCGGCAGUAUUCACCCUGAGAAUACUGGCGAGUGCUCCAGCGUCAUCUUCAGUGCACCCUACCAAGAGGAGAAUGUCACGGUUGGCUACUACUUCAGUGACCAGGGCAAUUUCGUGAGUAGAAACGUGAGCCUAACUGACAAUCAGAUAGACGGCAGUGGAGCAAACAAACGUCUCUUCACCAGCUACCAACGCGGAAGCAACUUCACGGAACCCGACAGCGAUGGAAACGACAUCCAAAGACGAAACUAUGUCCUGUCGUUUGAUGAUGAUUUUGGUUACUUUUUCAACUGCACUGACACGAACGGCAUGAAUAUCUGGGAGUUCUCCAAUACGACCGAUACUAUCGAGUUCCGAACGACAAUCUACUUCACCAAUGUCAGGCCUGUGGACCCCACUGACGGCACGAAGGGUAUGUCCUGGGUAACGUCCAGUGUGGAUCUGUUCUACCGCCUGAAUCGAGUAGCCAUCGUCAAUUUCAUUGUCAGCUCCAUCGCCUUGGUGAAACCAGUACUGGACUUCGUCAUCAUUGACUUGUAUUUCCCGCCGGCAACACCGACUAUUCCCGAUACCAAGAAAGUUUCCAUCGAGAUGCAAUUCCAGACCACCAUUGAGUCGCCAAAUGGUGAGUUGUUGGCGUUGUACAACAGCACCUCGUUUAAAUACCUGCCCAAGAAUGAAACCGCAGCCAGCUUCAUCAACUUCGACUUGGGCUACGACUUUCCGAAUGGCACCCAACAGUGCCAAUACGUGGGAACCGCAAGAUGCCGACAGAUUUGGAAUUUCAACUUCGUUCUCGAACUAGACGUGGUGGUCACAGAUGACGACAUGCCAAUUGAUGCCACAGGUACUUUCAAGUUUUUGUUCGCCAAGUACCAGUGCAAUGAUCCCACGGAGAAGAAACCGAUCGAUUGUAUCGAGAUGAACGUGGAUCCUCUGACAAUUUCCCUCGAGGUUACAAUACAGACUGUUGUUCAGGUGGUGGAUAGCACCUCAGAUACCCCGACUAUUCAGCUUGUUUCACUCACCGGCAAUAACGGGGAAGAUCUGCGGAGCGGCGGAGGGAGACGAGGCGUCAAUCAUUUGGAGCCUGUCAGCAUCGUCGUUCAAUACUUCCCAGAAUUCCUCCGGAGAGACUUUGAUCUAGAGUUGACCCUCUUCAUGGUGUGCAAGUCCAACUUGCUUAGCUCGGAUGCAGGGUGUCUCAGUGCUCCGCAGGCUCAACGCUACGUCGCCUACUCCAAUGCCAACUUUCAGUUCGCCGUCGAAACUGAUAACAACGGUGACUCCACGACUGUUACCUACGACUCGAGUAGCCUGACGAACGACAACAAAGUGCAGAAGCUCACGACAAACGCGUACGACUCGACCAACGAGGUUUACAACAUGGGUUUCACCAACACAGCGCUGUCGCAGGACCGGUUGACGUACACGAUCACCACCGUGUUCCGACUCGUGCAGAAGCCCAGUGCGCGAAGGAGACGAGCCAUCGCUGCUCGGACGCAGCUGAUACUGACGUCUUCCCUCGACGGCGAUGUGGAGCGAAUGGCCCGGGGCCUAAUGGCUUACGGACUGCCAAGAGCCCGGACGAGACGAGAUAUCAUGGAAGCCGUUGCAGACCCCCAAGGUCACAUAUACACGCUGACAUUCAACGGCUGCCCGGCAAACUCCACGUUCAACGCCGGUACCUAUCACUGCCAGUGCGACCGAGAAAGCGAACGCUACAGCACGGAAUCGUUCACGUGUCAGGGGCCCAAGUCCCUCCCGCCUGGAUUGGCCCCCGUUGAUGUUGUCGAAGAUCUCCAGGAACCCGAUUCUGGGAGGAUGCCUUCGUCCGGCAUCAGUACUGCCCCCGACUCCGCCCUGUUCUACGCCGUAUUAACAGUAUGGUUCACUGGAUUCUUGUGCUUACUGUAAAGUGGUGAAUCCUUUUUCACAUAAAUUCAUAAGCCGCUAGUUUAAUUUCACUUUUUUUGAAAUAGAAUUAACUGCACAUCACAGCAUCUCUGCACAGAGCACUUUUGAAAUGGCUAUUGUUGUCCGCUUUUUAAUAUUAAACAAGAAUAGGUGUCGGUCCCAUUGAAGUUUGUGUUACGCUUGGAUGAACGUUCCUUCUCAAUCUUCAUUACAGACUUUUUGAUUUGAAGUUUAUGAUUCAAAAAUCUGAAGAGAAAAUAUUAGUCUGGAAUCAACACUCUUACUGUUUGCAAGUAGGCAUAAGGCUCUGCUUUCACUCUAACCGCAAGAUUUGAUUUAAACUUGAAUGUUACUUUGAAAUUCCAGAUUGCAUUAUGUUUAAGAUCUUUUGAUUUUGCUUCAGACUCGAUGUGCAUUUGAAAAUUUUACAAUCUUGAAUUUAUUUUAUUCAAAGUUGAGUCUUGACUUUAAAUUGGUUCGACCCCCUCGUAUUUGUAUAAAAUCUUCCUAGUACUUUGUGUUCAAUAAAAAUGUGCUAGUUUAUAUAAUUUAAGAUGAAGACUAAAAAUAUAAACAGGGCCCUUUUUCUGUGAAAAAUUAUAUUGAACAUUAAUUAAUACAAGAAGUUUGUUGUUGAAUUUGUGAUUUAGGUGUAAGAAUUUUCUAAAGCCAACGUUUUAAAAGAUAUAGGACUCAAAGGCGUAACUUUUGUUUCUUCCUUGAGCUAUUAAAAGAACGUAUAUUUUUGGCUAAA